GCUAAGUAGACCGGGGUUCGUCAUUGGAUUGUAGUCGUGCGUUCUCCAAUUUCCACGCGACAACUUUAGAAGCCUUAACUGUCACAAUUAAUUCAUCCAUUACAGCACAGCGAUCCAUUGUCCCAUUGCCAACCAACACAUUGCAAUUUUUGUACUUUGUAAUCAACGUUUUGCAAUGACAUUGCGCUAAUAUUCAUCCUACAACCAUGGCAAUCCGGGAGGAUGUAGUGACCUCUGCGGUCUCUUUCCUGCAAGACCCGAACGUAGCAUCCGCACCGACCGAGAACAAACUAUCAUUUCUUCGAUCGAAGCAUUUAACGCAAGAGGAAAUUGACGUUGCUUUCGCGCGAAGCGGUACACCGUCGGGUUCUGUUGCUACUUCACCGCGAUCACCACGACCAUCCAGCCCUGUACAACAUCAGCCAUACUAUGGCCAAAGCCAAUACCAAACACAGCCCUAUGGAUGGCAAGCACCUCCGCCGGAACCACCUAAGAGGGACUGGCGAGAUUGGUUCAUAAUGGCCACCGUCAUGGGUGGAGUCGGAUACGGACUUUACUUCGUUACCAAGCGUUACCUAUACCCCUUGGUCUCACCGCCGACCCCAGAAAAGCUAGAGCAAGAUAAGACGAUAGUAGACGAGCAAUUCGAGAAGGCCUUCGCGACGUUGGAACAACUAGCAAAGGACACCGAAGACCUAAAAUCAUCGGAACGAGAACGAACCGAAAAACUCGAUAAGGUGCUCGAGGAAUUAGAUUCAUUCAUGCGAGACACCAAAUCCGCCAGCCGACGGCACGAAGACGAAACCGACCGCCUCCGGGAAGAAAUGAAGGCUCUUAAAGCUGUGAUCCCCAAGUCGAUGAGCGCGAACAAGGAAUUCACCGAUAACCGCCUCAAGGAAAUAACCAACGAAGUCAAGAGUCUGAAGUCCCUCGUCACGCAACGCUUGAACAGCACCAACAACAAUAACAACUCCGCCUCUCCCACCCCAACAUCCACGAUCCCACCUCCCCCUUCUAUCAAUUUAAAUAGCUACCUACGUCCCACGAGCGGUAACAUCGCGCCUCCUACGGCCAGUGCGGUUUCGACCCCGGGUAUCGACCUCAUGGCCAAGGAGAUCGGCGACGCGAAGCAAGCUAUCCGAGAUGAGAACGGAGGAGACGGCGGUAGUGCUACGACGAGUAGCAGUGGAAGCCGGCGCGAUUAUUUGUCGGCGCUGGGUGACCGGUCUAGUCCCUUCGGAAGCGGAAGCGGCAUGCCUGCCCAAAAGGCGUCGAUUCCCGCGUGGCAAUUGGCGGCUGCCGGAAAGAGUGAGGGUCAGGAGGCUUCGGGUAGUUCGUAAGGGCUAUGGUGAUGGGGAGUGGAAGUGGACUUAAUAUACGGAGGGCACGUCACGUCUAGGGUUACGCAUUGUUACUUGUUCGGCGUUGAAUCCGUUUACUAUACUUUAUUCUUCAUGCGUGUGAUAGGGGGCAGAAGAGAAAAUGGAAGGGCGGUGAUGCUAGAUUCCCUCUUCUAGAUGCUACUAGUAGUCAAAGGCGUACGUACUUCAUCCGGGGUUGUGGAUGAGAGACGGCCUGAGAUAGGUUUUAUUGAGUCUACGAGUUAAAUACGCUUGUAUGGAUAGGGGCGGUGGAUAUGAAUUUGGUAAUAAACAUCUUAAGAAUUAUGCGCAGUUGUUAAGUCGUCCAAAGUGUUGUGAUUGCGAGUGGUGAAGGUGUAUAAGGAGGCUAUAGAGAUUAUUCGACUAGCAUAUAAUGGAUUUAUGUACACUUUAACACCAAUAGCAGUUAGGGCAUCUCCAAGAUACCUCGGUAGGACCUAUAGGAAUAUACGGUCAUUACAUAGUCCUAGGAGUACACGACUAGAAGCUAAAACAUC